ACUUAUUUACUAAAAUUGGGUUCACCACCUACCCUUAUUUUACUAAAAUUGGGUAAGCGUCAUUUUUCACCUACCCUUAUUUUACUAAAAUUGGGUAAGCGUCAUUUUUUGGGUGUUAGCUGCUCUAAGCGUUUUUCUUAGUAAGACAUCCCUGCGUCGUGAGACUGAAAUUAUUGAGAAGGGCACCAGUUCCAGAGAGAGAGAGAGCGCGGCAUGUCUAAUUCGUGGUGCAGACGCUAAAACCAUCCCUCCCCAUUGUUUUCUUUUCCAUGAUACAUGAAUUGAAUCUUACUUUUGGACCCAAAAUUUUUUUUCUCAGUUUAUUUUCCAUUUCUCACUGAAAAGUUAGUAUCUUUCUUUUACACUUCUUCUUUCUUCCCCUCUUUAUUUUCUUUUCUAUUGUAUUUCUGCAAAUCUACAAAAUGGGGGCUUGAUUUGUGUAUCAGAGUCUAGAGAGAGAGAGAGAGAGGGUGGGUAUUUAGAGAGAGAGAGAGAGAGGUGGUACCUUUUUGAAGAGUGAGUAGAGUGGUUUGAUAUGAAUAUCAUGUUGGAGGGGAUAUGCUUCAGCAAAGAGAAUCCCAAGCGCCUGCCCUGUUGUUGGCACUGAUCUUAAUCACUUCAUUCACUUACUUCUUGCUUGGGAAAUGGAAGGAGGCCCUGAACAGGAGAGAGAGGAUAAGGAAGCUUGCUGAUUCAGUGGCUGAAGAGUCCCUGAGAGUGGAGGAGACUACUUCUUUGAAUGCAGCUUCCUCACCUGCCUACUCUUCCUUUAACGGCUCUCUCACCUGCGCUAGAUGUUUCAGUCCUGCAACCACUCGAUGCUCUCGAUGCAAGUCGGUUAGAUAUUGCUCUGGUAAAUGCCAAAUAAUUCACUGGAGACUAGGUCACAAGCAAGAAUGUGUUCCAUUGGUUAUAACCAACCCGAAUUCUUCUACUGGACUUGCAUCAAUGACUACCGAAUCUCUUCUACCAAGGACAUCAGUACCUGAGAAUGCAAAAGUCAACUCAAUCCAAGUCCCUAAACUCAAUGAAAGGUUACCAAGAGAACGGGGCACUGGCUGGCCUAUGGAAUCUGUAUUUGAGGAUGCUCUACCGCAUGGUAUUUCACAAGAAUAUUGUAAUUCAAAGGGGCAAACCCUUUCAAUGGCAUCAAGUAAUUCUCCUUCUCCUCCAAAGAGAUCGUCACAGACUCAGCCUUCGGAGAGAAAUGGUGUGGGUGAAAGUGGACAGAGCUUGGAGUGUCCUUAUUUUUAUAGAGACAAGUUUCAAGAGGACUCACCCUUAAGUUAUAAAGGUGAUUUGAGAACUUGCUCUUCGACAGUAGACCCAUCCUACAGGGAAAGCACAAAAUCAAGAAGGGCAUCUUUUGAAACAGAGAAGGCUCACUCAUCUAAUACAUCUAGCCCUGUAAAAAGUGUGUCUUUGACACCUCCGGCUCAAGAGAGACAUGAAGUCUUGAAACAUGAGGACAAUAAAUCAGUGGGUCCUAAGAAGAUUUCGAAACCUCCUAAGCAAUCUGCUACAGAAGCAAUGGUUAGCGGUUUAAAGAAGCACAAGAUGUUGUUUCCUUAUGAAGAAAUUGUUCACCUAUUUGCUUGUGAAGCCAUGGAGUUGUCACCUAGAGGCCUUCUGAAUUGCGGGAACAGUUGCUAUGCAAAUGCAGUACUUCAAUGCUUGACCUACACAAAGCCACUUGCCAUUUACCUACUCCAGAAAUCUCAUUCUGCAAAAUGUUGGAUGAGUGAAUGGUGCCUCAUGUGCGCACUUGAGCAGCACAUAUCAAAUCUAAGGGAAGAUGGUGGCCCUCUGUCUCUUGUUGGAAUCCUCUCUCACAUGCAGAACGUUGGCUGUCGAAUUGGUGGAGGGAGCCAGGAAGACGCCCAUGAAUUCUUAAGGCUUCUUGUUACUUCUAUGCAAUCUAUUUGCCUUGAGAAAUUGGGAGGUGAGAAGAAAGUCGAUCCACAAUUGCAAGAAACAACAUUUAUUCAUCAGAUUUUUGGUGGUUGUCUUAGAUCAAAGGUGAAGUGUCUAAGAUGCCAACAUGAAUCUGAGCGAUAUGAAAAUAUCAUGGAUCUUACACUGGAGAUACUUGGUUGGGUCGGCUCUUUGGAGGAUGCACUUUGCCAGUUUACAGCUCCUGAGUUUUUGGAUGGAGAUAACAAGUACAGAUGUGGAAGAUGUGCAGCAUAUGUGAAAGCCAAGAAGCAGUUGAGUAUUCAUGAGGCACCUAAUAUUCUGACAAUUGUAUUGUAAAGAUUCCACACAGGGAAAUAUGGGAAACUUAAUAAAUGCGUGACCUUCCCCGAUAUGUUAGACAUGAUCCCGUACAUGACUGGAACUGGUGAUAGUCCUCCUCUUUACAUGCUGUAUGGUGUAGUUGUACAUUUGGAUUCGUCAAAUGCUUCUUUUUCUGGUCAUUAUGUGUCAUAUGUGAAGGACCUUCAAGGAGCAUGGUUCAGGAUUGAUGAUACUGAGGUUGAGCCUGUGACAACGAGUCAUGUGAUGUCAGAAGGUGCAUACAUAUUGUUCUACUCCAGGUCCUUUCCUCGACCGCCAAGAAUUUAUGCUGAGAAAAGUACCACUUCUCAUUCCUCCCCUUCCUUGAAGCCUUGCCCACUUUGUCCCGAAAGCUCUCCAAGACACAAGCAUAGCAAACCCCCUAGUUACAUUCACCCCACAACUGCUCAAAAGCCAGACAGUAAAAACAGCUGUAUAAGUAGCCAAACCAGGAUCUCACCAAGCAUAGAUUCUAGUGAUUAUGCAUUCAGUGAUGGAGUGCUCUUUACGAGCUCCGAUGAUGCUUCUUUUACCACAGAGAGUACAAGAGACUCGACUAGCACAAUGGAUUAUUCUGAGGCUUUUGGCUUUGACCCCACUUCGACCUUCUUAAGUAGCCUCUAUUAUUGGCCAGACUAUUCCUAUAAACCGGUCUCCAAUAUGAAGGCCACAGAAUGCAAAAUACAGACACGAUUCUUCUUUGAAAACAAAGGUCAAGUUUUGAAUUUCAGUAAUGAGGAAAGGAAGCAAGAGGAGGUAACUGACUCUUUCCUUGGACCUCUGGCCUCAGCUGGUAAGUGCAGUGUUGGUGUGGGUCAUGAUAGCAGCCUUAAGUCUAGAUUUUUCUAUAAUUCAGAUUGUUGUGGACAUUGAUCAGUUACAUUAUGGAGUUUUAGGCAUAACCACCUUUGUUGUUCUUUUAAUUAUAUCUCAAGAAUGGGUGUGCCUCAUUUGUUUUUUUAAGUGAAAUGGGGCCAUUUCUGAUCCAAUUUAAGCUUUUGGGGGUUACUGAUAGUAUCCUUCUCACUCCAUCUGGAGUGAGCCUUAAGUGGAGCAACUGUAAAGUUCUCUCUUCUUUUUUUUUCUUUAAUAUAUAUUAUGGGUUUUUUGGGAUGCCCAACAUGUUGGUAGAUUGUUCAGAAAACUUGAUGCUUUAUGUAUAUCCUGGGAAUAGUAUCAUGAAAGACCAACUAUUAAUUUUUUUAUUUUUUAAAUCUUGAGCUAUGAACUCUCUCUCUCU